AAACUGAUGGUAAUCUGUAGUUAAGCUACGGUGUGACUUACCAAUUGACAAAGAGAUAUUGACAGACUAGUCUCCUUGGCUGGUCGGCAGCUCCAGCAGUCACCCAGCUUUCUCCGCAUCUUCCCCUCAAGGUUUUUUUAGAAAAAAAGAAGAGGAAACCCAGACCGACUCUUGGUGCGGCUGCGCGUCGCGGUUAAAAUCCGCCUACCUCGCUGUUCAUCGUCUCAUUCACUGCUCUAUUCUCCUCAUUUAUUCCAACUCUCCUACGCAAUUCGCCAUUCCUCCCCCUCCCCUUCACCAAUCCCUCACCCUUCCCCACAAUCACAUUCACAAUGUCUGCCAGAAGAUUGAAGGUGGGCUGUGCCGGUCUCGGUCGCAUGGGCAAGCGCCAUGCUCUCAACUUCCUACAGCGUACACCUCGUGCCGAGCUCGUCGCCGUCAGCACGCCGGACGACAGUGAAUUGGAAUGGGGCAAGGUCCACCUGGCCCCAUACGGUGUGAAGCUAUACAAGAACUACGAUGACAUGCUGAAGCAUGAGGGUCUGGAGGCGGUGGUCGUUGCCUCCGCUACCGCCGUGCAUGCAGAGCAAGCCAUCAAGGCCAUUGAGGCCGACAAGAACGUUUUGUGCGAGAAGCCUUUGUCCACAAGUGUUGAAAUUUCCCAAUCAGUCCUCGACGCCGCAGCCAAGAAGCCUCACCUCAAAGUCAUGUGCGGAUUCUCGCGCCGCUUCGACGCCUCCUACCGGGACGCCCACAGCAAGAUGUCGGCCGGGGCGAUCGGCACCGCCUCGGUGAUACGCAGCCAGACGUGCGACAAGCUGGACCCGACGGGAUUCUUCGUUGCCUACGCGGAGUUCUCCGGCGGGAUCUUCGUGGACUGCUCGAUCCACGACAUCGACCUGGCGCUGUGGUUCUUCGGCCAGGACAGCAAGGUCAAGUCCGUCUCAGCCGUGGGCAUCACCGCCGUGGAGCCCGACCUCCGCAAGCACAACGACCGCGACAACGCCGUCGGCCUGGUCGAGUUCUACGACGGCCGCAUCGCCUACUUCUAUGCCUCGCGCAUGAUGGCCGCCGGCCAGGAGGACUCCACCGAGAUCAUCGGCACCAAGGGCAAGCUGGCCGUCAACACUCAGCCCGCCAUCAACCUGGUCAACAUCUUCGACGAGUCCGGCCUCCGCCGCGAGCUGCCCCAGCACUAUUACGACCGCUUCGAAUACGCCUUCGUCACCGAGGCCAACGAGUUCACCGCCUGCUGCAUCGAGGACACACCCGUGCCUGUGAAGCUGGAAGGGGCCGUCCAGGCGGUGCGUAUCGGGGCUGCCUUGCAGGAGAGUCUUAUCACAGGCGAGAAGAUCAACUUUGAUCAGCAGGGAAACCGUAUCCCUAUGGCGAGACUGUAGAAGAGGGGGAUCAUGAUAGACAAAUUAGAUCCAUUGGCUUUUUUUGUGGUGUUUGGUUCGAGGAUUCAGAUAUUUUAGCCUAAUUGACAACAAUGACAAAAGAUUGACAUGAG